AUGGACGGCAUCACCUUCCGCCUGGCGUUGAGUGCCCUGGUGCAGUUGGAGCAGAGCCAGUACCAGCAUGUGAACUGGCGGCCACAAGUGCUGAUCAUCUACCGCAUCCAGAAGCAUGAACAGGGUGCGAACAGCCACGAGGGAGCUCUUCGCUUUGCCUCGCAGCUGCGAAAGGGCCGGGGCUUUUGUAUGGUCGCUUGUGUCCUGGAGUCAGAGGAGCGCGAUGCAGAGGCCCAAAUGCAAGCAUCCAAGGAGAGGCAGAUCAUAAAGGACAUCAUGGCCAACGAGGGCAUCGAGGGGUUUGCCGAGGUGGUGGUUGCUCCCAGCAUGGCCGAAGGAGCCAACUACAUCAUUCAGCUCACCGGCAUCGGCGGCCUGGUUCCCAACACCGUCCUCAUGGAUUGGCCAGAGGACGAGCACGGCAGCCAGGAUUUUGUGAAGAUUCUGAGCCACGCCAACACGGCCGACAAGGCUGUUCUGGCAGUGAAAGGCCUCCGGCAGAUGCCGCUCACGGAUAUCAAAGGGCCCCGGAGCACCAUCGAUGUCUGGUGGAUGAUCCAUGACGGCGGGUUCCUGAUCCUCUUGUCCUGGCUCCUGACGCAGCACCGGAACUGGAGGCAGAGCCAGAUCCGAGUCUUCACGCUGGCCGAGGCGGUGACGGAGGAAAAGGCCAAAGCUGCUGGGGAGUUCUUGUCGAGGACUCUGCGCGAAAGGCGGCUCUUCGACGUGGACGUGGAGGUCAUCCUGGCGGAUGACGCCAUGAUCGAGCCGUACACCUACGACUGGACCUGGCGAGUCGAGGGCCGGCACAACUUUCUGUCGUCGCGAGGGCAGGCUGCCGCGGAGUCGAUCCCUUUGGAGAUCGAUGACCUCUUUGUAGUGGACGAGGAUCGUGCGUCUCAAAGCCCUCUGCCUGCGCGCAGCGUGCGCACCGUGGACUGCGAGAACGAGGUUCCGGAGGGCACUGGCAACGUGGUGGUCAGUGACUGCCGGGAGGAUCGGUUCAGGCAGCACAGCCACGUGAUGCGGCCCCAUCAGAGCUAUCCCACUCCGCCGCAGCCUUUCCAAGGCCACCGCCCGCGCGGAAAGCCGGACUUCACGGAUUUGGACUCCUGCACGCGGCUCAACCAGGUGGUGCUGUCGCGCUCCAGCCAGGCCGAGCUGGUGGUCAUGAAUCUGCCGCAGCAGUGGGGCACAGAGUCCCCGCAAGCGCGCGCCUUCAUGACCUACUGCAAUGCUCUCACUGAAGGCCUCAAGCACGUCGUCUUUGUGCAUUCCAGUGGCCACGAGGUGUUCGAUUUGUCCAACUGA